AUCUAUUGCACUUUUUAACACUGUCACCACUUAGCAUUCAAUGAUGCAAAUUGCAACACAGGAGGAGGAGUUGGAUCAAGUAGAAAAAGCACGCACUUUCUCUCUCUAACACACUCUCUCUCUCUACUUUUGAACCAAGCAAUCACGGGACCUCCCUGAAAUCUCUGCUUUGAAUUCAAACAACCUACUCUUCUUGAUGAUGUUAGUAAAAAGCCGUGAAACUCCCACGAACUCUCUUCUCAUAAUUCUGGAAAAUCUGCAUUUUCAUGAAUUUAUUCUUCAUUUGGUUCCAAUUUUUCUCACCACCUUUCUAUCUUAUCUAUAAUAUACCAAUAUUUAUCUCUUUUCAACUCAUCAUAAGUUCCUUUUUACAGACAAUGCUGAACCUCUCAAAUGGAGGGUUGUCACUCGAUUCUCUUUCUCUCUCUAGGUUUUGAUGGAUUCUCUCUGUUUCUAUCAUUUUUUUGAUCAAUACAUGAAAACCCAUUUCUUUUUUGUACUCAUCUUUGGAACCCAUGUUUCUGAAUCAGUUCAUGCACUUUCUGAACUUCUCUAAUGGAGAGUUGUCAAUUGAUUCACUUUCUCUCUCUAGGGUUUGAUGGAUUCUGUCUGUUUCUGUCACCGUUUUGAUCAAUACAUGAAAACCCAUUUCAAUUUUGUACUUAUCUUUCGAACCCAUGUUUCUGAAUCAGUUCAUGCACUUUCUGAAAUCAAUUCACACAUUCAGAAGGAAAGCUCCUUUUGACUGUGUGUUUUGACACUCUUGGUUUGCAAUUUCAUAGACUCGUCAGAAAAAGAGUUCAUCAAGUACACUAGAAUUCCAAUGGCAAUCUCAUGUUUUAAUCCAUUUCGACUUCGAAAGUCUAAGAACAAAUCUUUACAAAUCCCUUCCUCCUCGAGAACCCAAUUGAAUUCUGAUAUGGAGAACAUGGAAAGGAGGAGAUUUGAUAGUUUGGAGUCAUGGUCAAUGAUUUUGGAUUCUGAAAAUGUUGAGACUUGGGAAGCAUCAACAGAGGAUCAAGAGGAGUGGACUGCUGAUCUUUCUCAGCUCUUUAUUGGUAACAAGUUUGCUUCGGGAGCGCAUAGUCGAAUUUAUCGGGGAAUUUACAAGCAGAGGGCAGUUGCAGUGAAAAUGGUGAGGAUUCCAACACAUAAGGACGAGACUAGAGUUUUGCUUGAACAGCAAUUUAAGUCUGAAGUUGCCUUUCUUUCUCGUCUCUAUCAUCCCAAUAUUGUGCAGUUCAUUGCAGCUUGCAAAAAGCCUCCUGUGUACUGCAUCAUUACAGAAUACAUGUCACAAGGAACUCUAAGAAUGUAUCUCAACAAGAAAGAGCCAUACUCACUUUCCACAGAAACAAUUCUAAGGCUAGCCCUUGAUAUAUCACGGGGAAUGGAGUAUCUUCAUUCACAAGGGGUGAUCCACAGGGAUCUCAAAUCAAAUAACUUGCUUCUAAAUGAUGACAUGCGGGUUAAGGUGGCAGAUUUUGGUACAUCCUGUCUAGAAACACAAUGCCGAGAAUCUAAAGGAAACACGGGAACUUAUCGUUGGAUGGCACCAGAGAUGAUCAAGGGGAAACCUUAUACUCGGAAAGUUGAUGUGUAUAGUUUUGGAAUUGUGCUAUGGGAGCUCACAACAGCUCUGCUACCCUUUCAGGGAAUGACUCCUGUGCAGGCUGCAUUUGCGGUGUCUGAGAAGAACGAACGACCACCGCUGCCGGCCAGUUGUCAACCCGCGCUUGCACACCUCAUAAAGCACUGCUGGGCAGUAAACCCCUCUAAGCGACCGGAUUUCAGCUGCAUUGUUUCUGCUUUGGAAAAGUAUGAUGAGUGUGUCAAGGAGGGCCUUCCACUUACUUCCCAUUCGAGGCUGGUCAGCCGAAAUAUCAUCCUUGACCGCUUGAAAGGCUGUGUAUCCAUGAACUCACCUAUACCUGUACAUGCCUGACUCCUUCUGAUGGAUAUCACCACUGUCUUCAGUCCUUCAGGUCACCAUGUGGGUAGAUAGUCAAUUAUAAUUUGUAUAUAUUUAAUGUUCUUUUACAUUAUCUAACGUUAGCAUAUUUGGAAAUUGUAAGGCUUGUCGAUGAUCUGCUGGUGGCAUUUCAAGCAUCUAGUAUGAAUCAGCUGAUCAUAACGAUAUUUAUUUUCAGUUAAAACUAUGAUGAAUGUUAAAUAAAAAUUGUGAAGAGUAAAUUGUUUGUUCCAA